AUGGCUGGACUUCAUGGGCAAAAUGCGGAAAAAGCUGGAAUUGAAAACAACUACAUUUUGAUGGGUGUCCCUGCAAUAGCGGUCGUGAAGCAAUCAUCAGAAUUUUCGAGGUUUCAUUUUGACAGUAGAGCUCCCGGAAACACAGCUAUUGCUCAUACAACUACUACCAACUCACAGCUAGUCCCGUGGUGCAACUGCAAAAACUUGCCAAGGACUGAUCCCAAAAUCGCCCAACUCUCUCUGAAAGUUUCCGAACUAGAGGCUAAAAUAAUGGAACUGACUGGAAUAGUAGAAGGAAAGGAUGCUCAACUUCUCCAAAAUGAAAGAAUGUUCACGAAUAUGACUCAAACAAUCCCGACCCAUGUUCUUGAAAAUGAAUUGGCGAGCAGAAACAGGGCGGUUAUGAACCAGAUAGCUGGAAUUCAAGAAGAAAUUAUGUAUGCGCCAGCAAUUGCUGGAGUUGAUUUGGAAGUGGCGGACGGGAAGAAAACAGCCGAUGGAAACACCAGCAACUCAGGACCUGACCAGAUUGUCGCAGAAGCACUCAACAAGCCUGUGGCCGUUAUCGCUUUGAAUGAUGAAUCCGAGAAAAAACCAUUGCCAAAGUUCAACAGGCAAAGUGAGGCCGACAGAAUGACUCCGAUUGCCAUGGCCGUCAUGAGAGCAACGAAUGCUGUUUUGAGCAGAAUCAAAGCCAGAAGCACCGUGGAUGACCGGAUCGCGCUCAAUGAAAUGAGAAGAGGGUUUCUUGAAAAUGAUGUGGAACGGAUCAACAAUCGUUUGAACGACAUCGAGAAAAACAAUCAGGAAAUGAAGCAAAAAAUCGAUUUUCUGGUACAUCAAUUGUUCGGAGGUAACGCCGGAGUUCUGAAUGAGGUCAUCCUCAACAGUGCUGCCUUUGUCGUCCAGAACUGUCAAGCUCCAUUCUCUGGAUUGGAACAAAUCCAGCCAACUGAUGCAAGUUUUGCUAGAACGUCAGGAGGGACAUCUGAAAGAACACAGAAAAAUGACGAGAAGGAGGAGUCGGAUUCCGAAGAGGAAGCAGAAUCCAACGACGAUGAGGGAGAGUCAAGUGACAAGGAAAAGCCGGCUGCCAAGAAGGCGAAAACCAAAUAG